GUCUGUAUGUUUAAAACGCGCAGGCACUGAUCAACAGCUGAGAUAUGUGCGGGGAUAUCACGUCAAAAGGAAAGUUCACCUCAGCAAUAUCUCUUUAGAUCUACCUUUACCUCAGGACGGAGAAGCAGACCCGGGUACCAGAGUGCUGCCUUCCCGGGGCCAGCGCCAGCCUUCACCUCCCCCCUCAUACCCGCAUUCCACCUGAUUUUUUCCACCUGUUAACAGUUGACUUUUUUUAAAUGGUUGUAAGGAUCAAGUACUGGCGAGAGCCUGAUGGGGCGGGGGCCGUGUGAAGUGCAGAAGACUGAUGUAGAGAUCUGUUUGAUUGGUGGUAGUCACAAAAGUCCCAUUGAAAGAUUUUGGAAUGGCAACAAUAUGAUAUAUAUUUUGCAGAAAGCAAGACACAAUGAAGGAAGUGAUGCAAUGGAAGAAUCAAAACCAGAUGAUGCUAUUUGUGCCUCUGAGCUUUUACCAAAGGAGAGUUCUGGACCAGUGGCUCUUUCUGUUAGAAGAGCAAAGCAGUUGAUUUCCUUAUAUACAAUGGUCCAAAAUCCAAACAUGACCCACUUGAACAUAAGUGACCUGGUUGUGCUUCCUCCCCUCUGGAUAAGGUGUGACGGUUCUGAUCCCGAACAUACUUGUUGGCUUGGAGCUGAGCCUCUCAAAGCUGGAAACAGAAUUACAGGGAUAAAUUUUUAUAUGGUUACAUGUGAUGGUCCUACAGCUGAUAAAACCUAUUUUGCAAACCUGGAAGAGCUCAAAAUGGCACAUAAAAUGAAGCAUCAUUCAUCUAUUGUGGUGACAAAAGGAUUUGCUCAGUAUGAACUUAUUAGAGCUGCUGUAAUAGAGGACACAAUUGUAGAAUCUGAAAGCAAUAUAUAUGUUGAUAUUACAUGGAAUACUGUAGAUAAGAUUCUGGAGACACCCCCACUAGUUUCAGCUGCCACACUGAAUAUUACACUGGAGUCUGGGGACCCCAGAAGUCCUGUAUAUCAGCUAUAUAGAGAACUGCAGUUUCUCCUUGCUUUGGCUGAAGGUUUGAAGACCGGUGUGACUGAGUGGCCUGAGCCAUUAGAGUCUGAAUCAGCUGUUGAACUGGUCCAGGAAUUUCUCACUGAUUUAAAGAAGAAGCUGGAUGGAUAUUGUAUAUCUGGAAGCAAGAAUGAAACAGAGAAAAUCAAAUGUGACACAGCUGCAGUGGACAGUUCAAUAAAAUCAAUCUUCAGUGAGCGAGGAGACCUGGAUUUUGCUGAACAAUUAUGGUGCAAAAUAAGAAGUGUCAGUUCCUAUCAGGAGUUGAUAGAAUGUUUCACACUGAUCAUAAAAUCUCUGGAACGUGGUGAGAUACAGCCAUGGAUUCAUCAAGGGAGUAGCAGUUUGCUAAGUAAAUUGAUUCAACAGUCAUAUCAUGGAAAGAUAGAGGUCGUUUCCCUCAGUGGCAUCACUCCAAUUCAAAUGCUCUUGGAGAUUGGUUUGGAUAAGAUGAAGAAGGAUUAUGUCAGUUUUUUCAUAGGCCAGGAACUUGCAACAUUAACCUACUUGGAUUACUUCGUUUCCACAUCAGUAGAUCUACAAGAACAAGUUCAUCGUGUUCAAAAGCUUCACCAUAUGCUGGAAAUAAUGGUCAGCUGCACAGUCUUACUUCAGUUUAAACAUGAGAACCUCUUCCCUUUGACACAAAUUUGCAUGAAGUAUUAUAAGGAAAAUCCUCUAAAUGAGAAGCAUGUGUUUCAACUGCCAAUCAGACCAGCACUUGUCAAGAAGUUCUAUCAAAAUGAUCACCCAGAAAUAUGGAAGGUGGACAUAAGUAGUGGGCAUGGACAGAAGGAGGUUAAAACAACAUGGCAAGUUAGUACUAAUCCUCCAGUUAAACAUAUGACAUCAAACAAUACAGGUGUCUUUUCUGAUUCCACAGUUAAUGGAAGCAAUGAAGAAAGAAUGUAUUUUAUUACAAUGGCUAAGUGCAGUCAGGUGCAUUUCACAUAAAUGCAUGUUACUUUACAGGCAGGCACUUGAAAGGUACAGUAAAGGGGAAAGUUCAGUAUUAUCUGUGUUCCAACAGUGUAUUUAGAAAUGCUGUAUGAUUUGAAGAACAGUACGUCUUACCGAGUUAUUUGCUUUAGUGUGCUUGAAGUGUGAGGUACACAGCCAUAAUUCAUGUGUACACAUCUAAUUUGUUUAUAAAUGUUGUGCAAUUAUGAAUGUAUAAUUAUUUUGAAAAUAUAGUAGAUAUUUUUGUUUGUGUAUUUACAAACAUUCAAUAAAGUACUGCACUUUGGGGUUUUAAAUUUUAUUUUUAUUCAUUAAGAAUGCAGUCAGACACUUCAAAAUGUGAAUUAGCUUAGCCCAACAAAACAAGCAAUAUUGUAAUGUUUUCCUGGUGUCAAGUGGCAUUUCAUCAUCCAGAUAUAUUUGGAAAGCUGUUCAUCCAGGACAUUGUGAAUUUCUGACAAUUUGAUUUUCUUUGCCUCCAUGUUUAUAUUUUGGAGUAUUCUUGGAUAUACUUAUCUCUCUUCUUCAGAUUCAUUUUUUCCCCAGUGCAAAGUGAAUUAUUUUAACAGUGUUGUCUUGUAUGCUUUUGCAUAAUUUUCUUGAAAAAAAAUAUUCAAUAUAAUUGGAUGGGCAUAAUCAUUUAAAUAUGUUGGGAUGAUAGUUGCAUAUGUUCUUAUGUUGAUUAGAUAGUGUAUGUAACAUCUUGGUAGUGUAAUUUUAAACAAUUACAUAGUGUAGUAUAUGCUGAUUAAAUAAUUUGAGACAAACGUUCUGCAUAAAAAACUAUUAACUAUUGAUAAGAAUAAGGAAACCCCCAAUAUUCAUGCUUUAACAAAACUAUAACUUUCUAUUAUUUCUGGUUUCUCCUCAGUAAAUCUUAUUUCUUAUCUCUUUCCUAAUAUUACAUCUUAAUAACUAUCAGUUUAAUAGUUAGCCUUUGAAGAGAAGCCAAGGUCCUUUUUUGGAUUUAUGUACUGCUACUCUGCAUUCAGUAUAUGCACAUGCAGUGCUGAAAAUAUAGUGCAAGCUAAAUAGGAAACUUGUUUGUUGCUUUGCUUUAGAGGAAUAAUUUCAAGCACAACAGGAGAACAAACAUAGCCAGAUGUCCAUAUUCUGGAACAAAUUUUUAAUCAUGUACUUCACUUGUUCCUACCUGCAGUAGAAGUGAAUCUGAGGUGGAAUAUUACAUUCUGGAAGUGCUUGGAUUACUUACAAUACACAUUUCUGUGUGUAAUAUAUUAUAAAGUUGUAUGAGGCAAUCCUAGUUCCCUGUAAACAAAACUAGAGAGAUAGGAGUCCUUGGUUUAAAUCUGACCCAGCAGUUGUCAUCUUUCAUUAAUCACUACAAGUAAUUUUUCUCCACACCUGAAUAAUAAGAUGUAUAUUAUCCUAACUUUUAGACAUGAAUAAUAAAGUAAUGUUUAAGCAGUGCUCUUGGAACAUUUCAGUCCUUUUCUAUUUUAAAAUUAUGUGUCUGUCUCUCUUCAAAUAGCAGUUACAUGCUAAUUAAAAGACUAUUGAUGAACAGACUGAAACCAGCAUUUGCAAGCAGCUUUUAAUCACUUGAAAUUUGUACUGUCAAGAUUUGAAUCACUUUAAUCUUAGCUAACUAUUUUUCUGGUGAACAAAAUGUAUAGUAUUUUCCAAAAUAAGAAGAAACAUAAAAUCUGCUACUUAAAAUUAAUAGAAAGUAAUGCAGAAAGAAAAUGUACUUCGGGUUUUGAUUUAAAAAAAUUAAAUUAUGUUUUGGCAAUUGAAUAGGAAAAACUAUAAAAGCGCUAGGUGGAUAGGUAAAGUAAUAUUUCUUUACAGUGGUAUAAAAAGGGGCAUCUGUGGUAAACUAACUAAUAUGACAAAGCAGUUGCAUUUUAUUUAUUAUGCAAAAUAAAGAUGUGUGUAAGCUUGCAAUUUUAACUAUGACUUCGAAGGUAGAAUAUUAGUAGGACAAUACUGAUGAGUAUGCAGAGCGUGAAAACUGUAGGAAGAACAAUCUCUGUCACCAUUUCCAUGUGAGUAAUCAGGGAAUCUAAAAUUUGAGAAAUGAGUAAUAUGUAAGAAAUUUAAUCUUCUGGAGUAUACUAAUUGUUAACUUAAAGUUAACAUAGAUUAAGGAUUUUUUGCACAUUUAUGGCUAAAAUUACUUUUUUUAAAUGUUGACAUUGGCAUAAACAGCACACAAAACAAAAAAAAAUUUCGUAAGUCUGCAAAAGCUGGAGCAAAUCCAUGACAGUUUUCCUUCUCUUUUUUUUUUUCUUUCUAAUGUAAAUUUUUUGAAGAUAUGUCGGUGCUCAAAGGGCUGCAAAAAUUGUGUUACUAUGAAUUAGCUUCAGUGCAUUAGCAGUAUUCUACUGUUCCUUUGAUUUUUAUUCCUCCCACCCCAAGGGAAGGGUAGAAAAGAAAACUGUCAAAGAGAAAUCCUUGGGAAGCACUUUGGCCGUUUUAUGAUUGUUUUGUAGCUCUUUGAAAAUUAAAUGGGUUUUAUUCUGUAGAAUUUUAUUCCACAGAUAAGCCUCAAAGAGUUCAAUAAACACAGUUAAUUCACAUAGAACAUAUAACUGGGCAGUUGAAGCUAAGUAGGAUAAACUUAGGAUGACUGCUUUGACAUUUUCUACAAUAUGGAAUUUAUCUCAUCCUUCUUAUGAGGCUUUAUAAUACUUAUUUCAUCUUUCUUAAAAGUUUCAGAAAUCCACUGUGGUAGACUAUUCUCCUAGUUCAGGAAUUAUGAAGGGUCCUGAAUUACACUGGGAAGGUCUUAAGUGAGAUGGAUUAGGCUGGCACUGUGGAAACUGCAGGCAAAGUUGUCUGUAUUAUGUAUUCUUGAGCAGCUGCUCUAAGUUGUGCUGUUGUGAGCUUUGUUACCAGGAGUAUGAAAGCAGAAAUGUGGCUUAACACUACCUUAGGCUAGUACUUAGCCUGUUUUUUUUUUAUAGUUUCCUUUUAUGUAAAAGUGAAACAUUUACAGAUUUUUCUGUCUGCAUGGUUGUCUUGAUUUGUCUGGGUUUGUUUUAUGUUUGAAAGAGCAUUUAGCCCUUUCAUUAUUUUAAGGAGAAUACUGUCAUCCCUAGCCUUAAUUUUAAAUUAUAACUCUUUCAGUUUGUGUAUUCCACUAACAUCCAAAGUUGAUCCAUUUAGCUACAGUGAUUUUAGUUGGAGAGAGUAAAGAAAGACAUUUUUCUCUAGGGGCUUGUUGUAUAUGAAAGCUGUUGUGCUUCCAGGGAGAAAAUACCUUUUAGGACCUGCUAAUAGUAGUAUUCAGAGAAGUAUAAAAUCUGAAAGUUACAUAAUAUGCUUUUAUAAAACAAAACGGAAGACACAUAAUUACCUGUAGCACGGAGUUGGUGUGUGGUAGAGCAAGUGUCCAUGGCCUUCUGAUACCAAUUUUCCACCUGAGAAGGUUGACAUAUAGCAGUUCUAGUAGACUAAUAUUCUGUCUCAUUCACAGCAGCUUAUUCUCUGUCCCUGAACAUUUGUCCACUACAAUUGACUUGAAACUAUUUUAUUCUAUCAACACAUAAUUUUCUGAAAGUUUCUUUGUGUCUUUGUGAUUUUUAUUGCAAUAUAUUUUUUUAUAGUUAAUUGUUUAAUAAGAGUUUAAAAAGCACAUACUAUAUUCCAUAUUAUUUUCCAAUAAGGUAGCACGUAUGUGUAAUUUUCUGCCUAGAAAUGUGGCAGAGCACUGGUAACUUAUGAUUCAGAAUUUUUGAUCACAUCAGUAAGUCCAAUUAGAGUUCACAAAAUGCUUCAGAAACAGUAGUUGAGGCCGUUUCCACUUUCUCUGUCUCUGGAGGCCUGUGUAUUUAACACAUCCCUAAUUUACAGAACCAAAGUGUUGUUUCAAGUACUGUAUUCAUGCAGGUUGUUUCAUGAAAUUCAAUGUGAUAUUUGCCUAUGUAUCGGAAGAAAAAAGAAUAAAAUCAGCAACUGA